CCUUGGGAGCGCCGAGGUGCAGCAUAACGUCCUCCACAUCCAUCGCCUGCCCGCACGACAAACACCCACCACAUGCACUCGUACUAGCCCGCUCUUCUUUCUUCACACAUAAUGCUUUCCUCCGCCGCGCGCACCCACCGCAGCCUCGCAGUGUCCGCCACACGCUCCCUAGCCACCGAGUCCGUCUCCCAUGCACACCCGCUCCCGCCGCCCCCGCCGCCGUCGCAUGCGAAGCACCCGUCCGCCGCGAAGCCUGCCUCGCGAGCCCGCCUGAACCCACAGCCCCGCCCCGCGCGCCCGCUCCGCCACCCGACGCUCGCGCACCUCCCGCCGACGUUCGGCCGCAACCAGAUCCUCCCCGUCGCCGACUCGACACGCGCGCUCCUCGAGAACAUCGUCGCCCAGUUCAAUGCGCCCAUCCGGUAUGCGUUUGCCUACGGCUCGGGUGUGUUUGAGCAGGACGGGUACAAGAAGGAGGAGAAGCCGAUGCUGGACUUCAUGUUCGCGGUGACGCAUGCGGCCCAUUGGCACUCGAUCAACAUGAACCAGUUCCCCGGGCAUUAUCCGUUACAUGCACGGGUACUGGGCUCGGGCUUUGUCUCGCGGGUGGAGGAGAUCAGUCCGGGCGUGUGGUUCAACACGCUUGUGCCGAUGGAAGGGGUUACGAUCAAGUACGGUGUGACGACGGUCGACAACCUCUGCUCCGACCUGCUCAACUGGCGGACGCUCUACCUUGCCGGGCGGAUGCACAAGCCCAUCCGGAUCAUCAAGGACGACGCACGCGUGCGGCUGACACAGCAGGUCAACCUGACGUCCGCGGUGCGCACCGCACUGCUGACGCUCCCCGAGACGUUCACGCAGCGCGAGCUGUUUGCGCGCAUCGCGGGGUUCAGCUACGCGGGCGACGUGCGCAUGGCGCUCCCCGGCGAGAACCGCGACAAGGUGCAGAACAUCGUUAACCACCAGGGCGACCAGUUCCGCGAGCUCUACCACCGCCUGGUGGUUGCGCUCCCCGGCGUGCACUGGCCCUCGCACAUGGAGAGCAUCCACCAGGAUACGAGCCCCCAUGCGCGCGCGGCGCAUCUGCGCAAGCUCCCUGCGGACCUCCUGAAGGGCGUCACGGAGCACUAUGCGUCGGAGCUGCACCCGAAGGAGGCCGACGAGGCCGUAUACUGGACUAGACUCGCGGGCAACGAGAAGCUGCCUGAGGUGAUCGACCACGAGAUCCGGAAGCUGGUGCGCUACUCGUCGGCAGUGCAGACGGCGAAGGGCCUCGUGAGUGCGGGGCUGACGAAGGGCCUGCGGUACUCGAAGGAGAAGGUCGGGAAGUGGUGGCAGUCGCGGAGCGCGGGCUCGGGAAGCUCAUGAGCAGCUCGGAGGGGGUUCGGCCGCGCACGCCGUGCGUACGGUAGAGUAGGUACGGCUCUGGACGGGUUGCGGACUCAUAGAGUAUGGAUGGGGCAUUGCUAAUACUUAUCACCGGCACACAGUCAACAUUGUAUCCAUUAAUGCUCAACUUGCAGUAUAAUAGGUAGCAUCACUCCUCCGCGUGUAACGGCGCCCGACGCGCGAGUGGCGUGCCCGAGGGACCCCGGCCGUUGAU